CGUUCCUGCAUAUAUAGACUCACGUGAUUUUAUAUUUUUGAAAUUUUUGUCGAACUUUUUUUUUUUUUUCGAUUUGCUCAAAAAGGAUAAUUGAAAACUGGCAUAACUACGACUCUUUUGAAUUCAAAUUAACAAAUCCCAAAGACUAUCAAAAGUAUGUCAUUCUUCGGAUUCGAUCCUUCAGCUCCCCCUUCAAACAGGGGCCAGAAUGAGGCUUACGACUUUGAAGAAACCUAUGAUGGAUUAGGUGAUCAGUUAGACGAAGGCGAUGAUGCGUUCAAUACUGAUACCUUUGGUAAUGCUGAUAAUAUUGGUAAAGAUUUUGAUUUUGGUGCUGCUUCAGGCAUUGCUCCAGUCAAACCAGCUCUUCAACCUCCAGUUCAAACCAUUAGUUACGCUCAAGCAGCUGCUCAACCAACUAAUGAUGAUGAUUUCAUGCAAGAUUUGUGGGGAGCUGAUGUUCCACCAACUAAAUCAGAAACUAGUGCUCCAAAACCAGAAAAGAAGAUUUUAUCAUUAGAAGAAAUUGAAGCUCAACUUACUGCUAUAGAUCGUCAACAACCUCAACAACAACAUAUGCCUCAAUAUCCUCCUCAACCUUAUGGUAUGCCAGGUAUGUUACCUCCACCACCCCAAUUUGGAGGUUAUAUGUUACCACCAGCUGGAUUCAUGCCUCAACAGUAUGGUCAAUUCCCAGGUGUUCCUUAUCCUCAACAAUUACAACCUCAAGGUCUUCAACCAGGACAAUUACCACCUCAAUUCCAACAGCCAUUGCAACAAGCUCCUCCAAUGCAACAACAGCAACAAUUACCUCCUCCACCUCAACAAGUUCAACAAGUUCAACAACAACCUCCACAACCUCAACAAGUUCAAAAGGUAGAAGCUGAACCCCAAGUAUCUCAACCUGUUAAUAUCGUUCCUAAUGUUGCACCUCAAUCAGACAGAUCUGCUGAUUUGUCCCAAUUUCCUGUGUUAGGAUCCAAAGAAGCUCAACUUCAAGCUCAAGCUCCUGUUCAUCAUGUUCAACAUCAACAACAUCAACAUCAACAACAGCAGCAACAACAAAAUCAAUACCGUCAAAACGAUAACUACCAUCGUGGAUACGAUAGAAAUCAACGUAGAGCUCAACAUCAACACCAACAACCACAAGUUGAAUUAACUCCUGCAGAAGAAGAAAAACUUUCAAGAAGACAAGAAAAAGUUGCCAGAAUCAUGAAAUAUUCAGGUAUUAUGAAUCCAAAGGAUAAAGAUUUCGUUACUCGUUUCCAAUUAUCCCAAAUUGUCACUGAGGAUCCUUAUAAUGAAGAUUUCUAUGCUCAAGUUUUUAAAGUUAUUCAUCCAAAAGUAAACAACGCAGCUAUUGAUCACAGUCAUCAAAAUAACUCUAUUGCUCAAGCUUAUUUAGAUCAAAGUGGUCAUAGAUUAGGUGGUCGUUUUAAGAGAGCAGAUGUUGCUUUACAAAGAAUGCAACAACAAGUUCAAAGAGCUGUUACUGUUGCCAAAGAAAGACCAAAGUUGACCCAAUAUGCUAGAGAAGGUGCCUUAGGUAAAAUUUCUUUUGGUUCAGGUAAGAAACCUAGACAACAACUAGAAAUCAUUAGUAAAGCCCAACAAAGAAAGCUUGAAGCUGAACAGAAGGGUGAAGUUGGUGGAAGCUCUGACAAACAUAAGUAUUCUAAUAGAGAUAUUAUGAGUAUCUUAGAGAAUAUAAUCACUGAACUUAUGAAUAUUGAAAGUGAAUCAAGAACCAAUAGUGAUGUUGAUAAUUCUAAUUUAUGGGAAUCUUUAAAAGUUUUGGAACAAUCCUCUCUCUCUGGAGAUGAAGAAGCUGAAGUCAAUCCUUUUAUUCAAUGUUUAAAUUAUCACAAGGCAUUAAAGAUCUUACCUCGUUUAUUCAAGUUUUUAUCAACUACACAAGUUUUAACUAUCGUUACUUUAAUCAUUUCUAACUUGGAAAACUUGUCAGUCAUUAAAAAUGGAUCCUAUACCACUUAUGAAUCUAAAAAAGUUCCUGAAUCAAUAGUUAAAUUAGUUGAAUCAUAUUCAUUAACCUUCUCAAAAGUUUUAAUGAAUGCUGUUUUAGAAUUCAAAUUCACUGACAUUACUGGUUUAUUAUUUAUCUUGAUCGAACAUAAUAAUGUUUCAUUCGUUUCAACUACCAAGAUUGGUUUAACCAUUUUAACCACUUUAUUAUCUCGUGCUGAGUUGAUUCUUGGUGAAGGAUCUAUUUCAGCCACUGAUCUUUCUGAAUGGUCAUCAUGUUAUGAUCAAUUAUUCCAAAACUUAGAAUCAAGAAUCGCAGCUAUUUUCCCACCACAUCCAGAAGAUGUCGAUGAUGGAUCAUCAAGAGAAAAUUACGUCUGGCAAUUCUUAGCAACUUUAUCAUUAGGUGGUAAAUUAAGUCAUCAAAGAAUCAUUGUCGAUGAAGUUCGUGAUGAAAUCUUUGGUGUCAUUAGCCGUGCUAAGGCUAUAGAAAAUACUGAUCUCGUUAACUUACCAAAGAAACAAAACUUGUUAAAUAACUUGAACAUGUAUUUAGUCGUGAUGGGAUUAGUUGCUGAUGAAAAUGAAAUCAAGGAAUUACAAACUUGAUUUUCAAAUAGGCAAAAAUACAUAUAUAUAACUCUGUGUACUAUAAUAAUAAAUAAAUCACUUUUUUUUUAUUUUAAAUGAA